CCCACUCGCAAACGUACACGCGCGAAAAAAACACCGGUGAAAAAAAGAAAAAAAUAUCUGUAAUUUUUGAUUUAAUCGUGUAUAGUGUAGAAAAAUACAGAAUAAAAAAUAAUUAUAAAAAAAAUUUGCCCGAUUCCCUGAGAAUUAUCGUGUAAAGUGAAAAAUUGGGAAAUCUAGAUUCAAAAUUUUGUGGAUGUUGAGUGUUAGUGCAGUGAAUUAAAAAAAAAUGGCAAAAACAACGAUUUCGCGACAUUGCAUACAUUUCCACCGUCACAUCUCAACGUCACGUCCGCGUCGUACGUCGACGUCGCCGCAACGCCGCAACGUGGCGGCGCCGGCGGUGAUCACGUCACGUCGCUUCACCGACAUCCCGGGUCCCCUAACGCUGCCGAUGCUGCGUCACCAUGACCAUAUACUGCCGAGGAUUGGGUGCUACCACCACAGCGUCGGCCUGGGCCUGCUGGAGGGUCUGCGGCGGCGCUACGGCGACCUGGUGCGCCUCGCCCGGGGCAAAGCCCGACCCGUGCUGUACGUGUGCUCCGCUGAUCUGAUGCAGGAGGUAUACGACAGCAAAGUGACAGAGUCGCCGCGCUGGCUCAACUCCCCGCUCGACCGGCAGAGGGAGACAGUAGCUGGCUGUCCUGUACACAACUACGAGAGCAAGUCUAUAUGGCAGGGCGUUAGAAUGCUGCUACAUGACGAAGAGCUGCUUAAGAGUUAUGAAAAAGCAUUCGAUGAGAUCGCUGGCGAUUUCACUAGAAGGCUAGGAGAUCUCCGUCACGCCGAUAACGCUCUCAACGAGGAGCUGAGCACGGAGGUUCACCGCUGGGCGCUGGAGACGAUCGGUUUGAUGCUGUACGGCAUCCGCCUAGGCUGCUUGGACGGUCCAGUCCAUGAACCCACUGAGGAUAACAGAGCCCCCGAGAGAACUUUAGACGACCACAGCCCCGACCUGUGCUCCCUGUCCAAGCGACAGCUGGACGAGCUGACUCCAGCAGAGAAGCUCAUCCGCUGCUCCCUGGAGAUAACCGACCACAACUACCUGCUCCGCAGCGAGCAUACCUUGAGGAGGGAGUCGGAUCACUUUGAGAGGGCGCUGAAGGCUUUUGAUGCGCAUUACAGUCUCACAGAACUUUUCCUGACUCAAGCGCUGAGCUCACCGCGCAGACCGGAGCAGGCAUUACUGCAGAAGUUGGAACCGCUGGGUCCUCGCCUGCUGCCGCUGGUGUCCGAUGUCUUCCUGGCUGGGGUGGAUCCGCUCACUCACACCGCCAUGAGCAUGUUCUACCACCUCUCUCUCCACGCGGCGAAACAACAGAAGGCUCACGACGAAGUACUCUGGUCGAAGGAAUCGAAAGCGGCAGGCAUAGACUCCCCAGAGAUGAAGUACAUACAGGCCUGUACGAGGGAGGUCAUGAGGCUACAUCCCGUCACUGGAGGUGUCGUUAGAAGGAGCACAAGAGAGCUAACUGUAGGAGGAUACGAGGUUCCCGCAGGGGUGGACAUAGUCUUGGCGCACGGUGUGGCUAGCAUAGCGGACGACCAGUGGCGGCGGCCUAAGUCCUUCAUCCCUGAGCGCUGGUGCGUCGAGGGUUGGGAGCCUCUAAGGGCUACUGGAGCCCAUCCCAUCGCCUCCCUGCCCUUCGGCCAGACGUGCCCAGCGGCUGGCAUCAUCGGCGCCAUGCUGGCAUCACUGGCAACGAGAGUUCUGGACAAAUAUCGACUGGAAUGGCACGGGCCGGCACCGAAUAUCAUGACAACAGCUGUUAAUAAGCUCCAGAAACCGUAUUAUUUUGUGCUGCAAAAUGCUUCUUAAGCAUAGCGUCUGCAAUCUGGAUAUCAAGCAUGAAGCAUACUAUGUUAUGUAUUAGCAUUAUGUAAAUGUUACGCAGUAGAGUAACUUCGUGGCUUUAAAAUGAAACGCUUAACACGGAGCAAACACCGCGAUACAUUGUGGCCUUAAUGAUAUCUGAAAUUAUUUGUGAUAUGACUUAUGAGUGUAGCGAUCUCAGUUUAAAGUUAGUGUAUAAGCAGUGCUUAUUAUGUAAGUACUUGGUACUGCUAUUGUUACUAAAGCGUAGGUAAGUAUGAUAAACGAUAAAGACCAAUAUUAUGUAGACCGUAUGACUUUAUGUGAUAUUAUACUAGAUUUAAUAUUUUA